UGUAUGGAUUGUAUUACGUGUUAAAUUAUUACAAACAAUUACUAAUAUAUUUAUAGCAAAUUUAGCUAUUUCUGAUAUUUUAAUGAGUCUUGUAGCUACACCAUUUACACCGUUAUCAUUAUAUAUGAAUGAUUGGACAUUACCUGAAGCUGUAUGUAAAUUAUUACCAACUACUAUGGGUGUUUCUGUUUAUGUAUCUACAUUAACAUCAAUGGCUAUUGCUUUAGAUAGAUUUUUUGUUAUUGUACAUCCAUUUUUACCAAGAAUGAAACAUAAAGAUCCUAUUAAUAAUGUAUCAAGUUGUCGAGAAAAUUGGCCUAAAGAAUCAUCACGUGAAGUGUUUACAAUUGUUAGUUUUGUUUUACAAUUUGUUAUACCUUGUAGUAUUAUUUCAGUAUUACAUACACAAAUUGGUAGUGGAACUAAAACACAUAUAAAAGAGGAACGUGAUAUAAAACGUAAACGUCGAACAAAUACAAUGUUAAUAGCUAUGGUUGUAAUAUUUGUUAUAUGUUGGAUACCAUUAAAUAUUUUAUGGAUGGUUAUGGAUGUACAUACUAUGAGUAGUGCUGUAUAUAAUCCAUUUCUGUAUGCAUGGAUGAAUAGUAAUUUUCGUAAAGAAUUUCAUCGUAAUUUACCAUGUUUCUUUUUAAAAUCAAAAUUUUAUACAAAUCAAAUUACUACACAAACUAUUGGCGGUGAAUCUACAGCUAUACAAUUCAAAGAGACUAGUCAAAUUUUAUCAAAUAAAUUGAAUUUAAAUCAUAAAUCACAACAAAUUAAUAAAAUUAAUCUUGAUAAUGAACUCAAUAGCAGUAAAAAUAAUGAUAAUACAUUUAUUAGUCAUAUUGAUGAGACAAAUAAACAAUAUGAUGAUAAACAAAUGAUACAUAGAACAGAAGUGACAAUUUGUCAUAAUCCAUCAAAUGAUAAUUUAAACAAAAUCAAUAUAAAUUUAAAUGAUCAAAUAGAAAUGAAAAAAUUAGAUGAUAAUGAUAGUAAUGAUGAUCAAUUAAUUGAAAAUACGAAUUGUUCACAAACAUUGAACCUUGAAUGA